UUUGGUUUGCACAAUUAAUUAAUUUACAAUUUAUUGAUCAAAAAUUUACGAGUAUAAAGCAGUAUUAUAUAAAGGAUCGACUGCGUUUAGAUAUAAAGACAUUUUUAAACAAAAUUAUUAAAUUUAGCAAAGAUUUAUGAAAUGAAAGGAUUAUCCAUUUUAUUUUUUCAAAUUCUAAUGUUAGCUUUGAGGAUAUCAGCUAUUUAAGAUAGAAAACAAAAAUAGAACUAAAAUCAUAUGGAUGGCAAUGAUGCAAACUAUCAAUUAAAGAUAAAUGAAAAUAAUAAAUAAGAUUAUUUUAUGUUAAGCAAAAUUAGAGAAGAUAAUAGUUCGUGUUACUCAGUAGUGUUCGACGCAGGAUCAACAGGGACUAGAUAUGAAGUGUUUGAGUGGAAUUGCGAUUAGGCUUUUGUUGAAGAUUAGAAAUUUAUUAUUUAAUCAAUUGAAAGUUCAAAAGAUAAAUUGCCAAUAUCUAACUAUGAAAGUAAUCCAGAAGGUUUAAUUUCUGUUUUUGAAUAAAAAUUUAAAGAAAUCAAAGCUAUUUUACCUGAAGAAAAAGUUAGUUAAACAGAUAUUUACUUAGGAGCAACUGAAGGAAUGCGCUAACUGAGCUCAGAAAAAUAAGAAGCUAUUAUUAAUUAAAUUGUUAUUAUUUUCUAAAAUAGUGGAUUCCGUUUUUUAGAUUCCUCUAAAGCGAGAGUUAUAACGGGUAAUUAAGAAGGAAUAUUUCUAUGGAUUGGUGUAAAUAAUAUGAUUUCAUAAGUAAGUAAAAUUUAGGACAUGUUAAAUGAGAAUACAAUUACAGCUAUUGAUGUAGGAGGCAAGUCUUCUUAAAUUGCAUUCUUAAAAAAUUUUAAAGAUGUCAAUAAAAACGAUGCUCAAUUUGAAUAUUAAUUAAGUUCAAACUAGGAACAUGUCUUUCUAGUAAAUAGUGAAAAACUUGGAUUUAAAAUUGCUAAAAUGGAAAUUCUAAAGUAAGAAUUUGAAGAUUAAAGAGAAUAAAAUCAUGAAAAAGUUUUAUUUAGUAGCUGCUAUAACAAAGGCUACGAAGGCUAUGAAGAAGAGCUCAGUUUUAAGAUUAUUGGAUAAGGCGAUCCAGAGAAAUGUAUUAAUUUGAUUAGGAGAUUCUUUAAAUUAGAAAAUUGUGAAUAUCCCAAAUUCAGUGACUGCACUGAACAGUCUUCACAACAAAAUAUUCUUUAGGUUUAGAAUAAUUAAAAAAUAUAUGUUGUAGAAAAUGCCAUGCAUGCAAGAGUAGCUUAUGGUCUUAGAGAUUCAUAUACUCCAUAAAAAUUAAAAAAAAAGGCUAUUAAAUAUUGUAAAAAACCAUAUUCUUAAAUCAGUUAAAACGAAGAUAUUUAUACUCAUAAUUAGUGCUUGUAAGGAUUAUAUGUUUCUUCUUUACAAAUCGAUCAUUACGGAAUAGAUCCUUAACAAACUAUUUAUUCUCCUUCUUAAAUCAAUCAAUGGGUGCCAUCAUGGGGAAUUGGAAUGCUAUUGACUGAACUUUUUCAUUAAAAAUGUAAUUUACAAAAUGAAAAAUAAAUCUGUGAGUCUCUGUAAUUGCUUUUAUCAAAUCCUUGA